UAAACACUCGCAUGCACUUCAUCAAAGAAAGAACCGGAUCCCCCAUCAUCCAGCUGUCUUCUCUCUCAUAUUGAUAUUGCCACACCUCACAAAAUCAAUGGCACCUGUUGGAACUCUAUACGGUGCUAGCUUUCAACGCCAGACCAUUGUUAUCAAGACGGCUGCCGCCAUAGCGGGGCUUGAGCUCAACCUUGCAGAGAUAAAGUUGGGCGAGACCAACAAAUCACCCGCAUAUCUCGCCAAGUUCCCUCAGGGAAAGAUCCCGGCAUUUGAAGACGCCGAAGGCUUCAUACUCACAGAGGGCCUUGCUAUUGUGAAUUACAUCGUGUCCUUGGCUCCUGAGAGCGGUUUGCAAGGGCAAACCAAGAAAGAGGCCGCUGAAGUCGAGCAGUGGACUCACUUCGCCGAGUUCGAGCUCCAGGUCUCUUCGGAUUUCACCUGGUACCUCGCUACCGGUUACUUCCCUGGGUACAACAAGGACUUCCAUACCAUACUCCUGGACAGGCAGUACAGUGCCCUUGAUCACCUCGAACGCCACCUCACCAGGCAUGAGUAUCUGGUUGGUGGCAGGCUGACGCUUGCCGACAUCGUUUUGGCUGGUAGCAUCAAGGAUGCCGUCGGUAUCACACUCGGAACAGCCGAGAGAGCCAGAUAUCCCAAGACUUUUGCGCAUUUCAACAAGGUUAUCUCGCACCCCAAGAUCAAGCAGGUUUUCGGCGAGAUUGAGUUCGUGGAGACGCCUCUUCAGCAUAAGGGUUCUGCUUAG